UCUCAGCAGUUUCUGGAGAGCAUAUAUCAUUACAACAAUUGCCGCUCCCGGAAAGCGUACUGCGGACACAGAAUGCUCGAACAAGAGAUGAAGGUUUUAACUCUGCCUGGAAGAGCGAAUCAAGAGAAACGUAAUGUCAUCUACGAAUUUAUGUUGGAACAUCUGGAUAUGUCCGCCAAGUCUGAACUCGUUGUGAAAUUGACCAAGUAUAUACUUCGCGAGUUAUGCGAUGAGAAUUCUAUCGACGUUACGACCGAG